AUGGCUCGUACCGUGCUGCCCCUCAUCCUCACUACAACCAACUUCAUCUUGCGCCAGACCUCCUGCAAAAUGGAGGAACCGCGUAUCAUUUCGGGUUUCAAACGGGUCGCAUGGCCUGAACUUCGUCGGUUGCCUCUAACAAUCGUAACGCAUCUCCUGCCCACGGGCAUCGAGCAAGUACGUUGUGACAUUGAACGAGAAGCUGAUAGAAUCAUGGAGAAGCAUGGCCUACACUUUCAAGAUGAGGAAGACCACUGUGAUCCUGAAAUGGAAAUGCGAGGAGUUCCCGGGAAGUCUGGCACCAGUCUACCAACCACUCUCAUGUUAGCACCAUGGUCAGCUGAGAAGCAACGUGAUUGGGAAAGGGCUGCACAAGAGAUGGCCAUAUUUUUGACUGAUCUAUCAAGGGUCUGCUCAUUUAGCGAAACCGAGAUUCAUGUGGAAAUAGUGGCCCUCGAACUAGUGCAUAGAACCCAUUACACCAAGAUCGACGAUCCUGUCCUUCAAAGUGCUUGGGAAUGCUUGAGCGGUACUAUCUUCCACCGCCUACAGUCGUUCAGAGCAACUCAGGGUCACAUCACAUGUCUGUCUCUCCAGAAGUACGGCACGAACGAGUAUGCUGGAGCCAACCCACCUACAGUAUAUAUUUCGGUUGAUUGUGACUCUGAUGAAACUCAAUGGCCUGAAGUUAUCACAGAGGUCAAAAGAACUCUUGAUGCGACCGGAUGGGAUAAUGUUCAAGUCCAUAUUGAGCAUAACGAGGGCAUGAUUGGUCAUUUUGAUAACUUCACCAACCCCACAAGAGAACAAAUGAAUCUUGGUUACAGGCUGAAGAAACGCAUUGAAGAUGAUUAUUACUCAACCGUCCACAUUGGGGACGACUUCGGCGCUGCGCGUGAUAUCAAGCGGACCGAUGGCGAGCAACUGAGUCCGACAAAUGGCACUAUUGGCUGUUUCGUGCAGCUAAGAACUUCUGAGCCUGAGCCGACUUGGCGGACCUUCAUCCUUACAUCUUAUCAAUCGGCCAGACCUGCCUUUAAUGGCUUCACCGUGACACCAGAUGGUACAGAUUCUAGUGUUGCACCUCCGAUAGCCAACAGUGACCUCUGGACGGUCGAUUCAGCUGGGUAUACACCCGAUUCGUCGGCCAAGCCUACAACCUUUGAAAGCCCCUCUCGAUCGAAACAUGAUUUUAAUACUCGCUGCAUUGACCAAAGUAUCGUUUGUUUUACGAACCGUAUUCCAUAUUGGGAGAAAAAGGAUUGUACUACAAGGGAGAAACGACUCCAAGAAAUUAGGGAGAGAAUAGCGGCUUUAAAAGCUGAAAGGAAACAAAAGACCGAAUCCUUCGAGGCUAACAAACAGGCGCUCGGAAAAUUGUAUGCCGCAUCAGGAUUCAGACGAAGGGUUGUAGGCAGAAGAAUGGACUGGGCGCUGAUCGAGGUCGAUCGGCCAUGGCAUGAUCGUCUUUCGGAAUGCGACGAAUGGGAGUCCCCCCGUUCUCUUUUGUUAAAGACGCCUUUGAUGACCUAUGGGAUGCAACUACAAGAGCGAACUCGGUCUAUUGAAGCAUUGAGUGGAUAUGGUUGGUCAAGCUAUAGAGCCGAUGUCUACAAGAUCGGAACAGGCAGUGGGCCCACCGUUGGAUCGUUUCUUUGCACAAACAACCUUGCCAUGAUAAGAGAUGACCAAUACACGAACCCCUCGCCAACAGAAGAGAUAGCUUUUGCACCAGAACGCCAUAAUUAUGAUACGAGUCAGUGGGGAUUCUGUGCUCCUGGGGAUUCAGGAUCUGUUGUCUUUGACGAAAAUGGGGGUAUUGUUGGUCUUGUGAUUGGGGGACAUAAGAAUAAUAACUCGGACAACUAUGGAUAUGGGUAUGUAACUCCUAUCGAGUACGUUUUCAAGGAUAUCAAGGACCUUUUAAAAGAACAUGUUCUUGAUAUUCGGAUAGCAGAGCCCUAA